UGUUAGGUUUCUAGAAACUUCAACACUUCAUUUUCUUUCCUCUAAUAGAAAAUUUAUUAUCCAAGUAAAAAAAAAAAAACCUAAAAUUAUCUCCCAGAUUCACCCUUGUCUGCACUAGAUAAUUCAAUGAGCGCUUGAAUUUUUUUUGUUUCUUAUUAAAAAAAGGUUGAAUAUAAAACAAAUGGAUUUUGUUUUUGAUUUGAUUGAUCACUGAAACUGAAACCUGAAGGAAACGCGUGUUUGUGAGGGUCUUGUUUGUAAUAUUUUCGUUCUUGUAUGCCCAUUAAAUAAAAAUAAAUUCCCGUUGAAAACAAAACGCGUGUUUUGCUCUGAUGCUUUAGGAUCUAGGGUUAGGGUUAGAUCUGUAACAGAUCAGAUUGUGAAUUCCUGUUUCUUCCUUUUGAAUUUAGGGUUACAAAUUUAAUUUUUGUUUUAUUUUAAUGAUUUUGACUUUUUGUUUGGAAAUUCGGGUGUAGUCGGAGAACUUGUGUGUGUGUGAAGUUUCCAGCUGCUUUGACUGAAUUGGGAAUUACAGAUUCUGGAUCAAGAUCAUUCGUAAUGGGAACUGAACUCAUGAGAGUUCAUGUUAAGGAGGAGAAUGAUGAUAUCCCAUCAGUUCCACCUGGUUUUGAGUCAUUUGCAGCUUUCAACUUGAACAGGGUGCAAGAUGGUGAAAAACAAGAAAGUAAUGUAACCAGUUGUUCAGCCACUACAAGCGCUUCUGAAUCACAGUCAGUCAAGAUGGACACAGAGUUUGAGGAUGAAGCAAAAGUUACAAGGUCCCUUCGGCGCAGGCCCUGGAUAAAGUUUGAACAUUUGGAUAGCUGUUCAGAGGACGAGUCUGAUUCUGUGAAGCUUAAUCAACAGAAUCUCUCCUUGAGGUCUCACCUUCCCAAGGGAGUGAUCCGUGGAUGUCCACAAUGCAGUAAUUGCCAAAAGGUCAGUGCAAGAUGGCAUCCAGAAAGUGCUUGUAAGCUUGAUAUUGAGGAUGCUCCUGUAUUCUACCCAACUGAAGAGGAGUUUGAAGAUACUUUGAAAUAUAUUGCUAGCAUACGGCCUAAAGCUGAACAAUAUGGAAUCUGUCGCAUUGUUCCUCCUCCUUCUUGGAAACCUCCCUGUCCCCUUAAGGAAAAAACUAUUUGGGAGGGCUCUACGUUUGCAACUCGUGUCCAGAGGGUUGACAAACUGCAGAACCGGGACUCUAUGAGAAAGAUGUCAACAAUGUCUAAUCAUACAAGGAAGAAAAGGAGAAGAUGCAUGAGAAUGGCAGUAGAUUGUGGUACAGAUAUUGGAAGCAUCUCAGCGUCAAAUGAUGCUGGUGUUUGUGAAGCUGAGAGAUUUGGGUUUGAACCUGGUCCGCUGUUUACUUUGGAUACAUUUCAGAAAUAUGCUGACGAUUUCAAGGCCCAGUACUUCAGGAAGAAUGAGAAUACUAAUAAUAAGGGAGGCGAUAUUACAACAUUUCAGAAGACUUGUGAACCAACAUUGGAUGAUAUUGAGGGUGAAUAUUGGCGAAUUGUAGAGAAAGCAACUGAAGAAAUUGAGGUCCUUUAUGGGGCUGAUCUGGAAACUGGGGUUUUUGGCAGUGGGUUUCCAAAAACAUCUAAUGAAGUUAGUUCUGCAACAAAUGAUCGUUAUACAAAAUCAGGCUGGAACUUGAAUAACUUUCCGAGGCUUCCUGGAUCUGUUCUUUCCUUUGAAAGUGGCGAUAUAUCUGGUGUUUUGGUGCCAUGGCUGUAUAUAGGGAUGUGCUUCUCCUCCUUCUGUUGGCAUGUUGAAGAUCAUCACCUAUAUUCACUGAAUUACAUGCAUUGGGGUGCACAAAAGAUGUGGUAUGGUGUGCCAGGGAAGGAUGCCAUUAAAUUGGAAGAGACCAUGAGAAAGCAUUUGCCUGAUCUUUUUGAAGAACAACCCGACUUGCUUCAUAAGCUGGUGACCCAGCUUUCCCCCAAAAUACUAAGACCUGAAGGAGUGCCUGUCUAUCGGUGUGUUCAGAAUUCCGGAGAGUUUGUGCUAACCUUUCCUCGAGCAUAUCAUUCAGGGUUUAAUUGCGGUUUCAAUUGUGCGGAGGCAGUGAAUGUAGCUCCUGUUGACUGGUUGCCCCAUGGACAGACUGCUAUAGAGCUGUACUGUGAGCAGAGACGGAGGACUUCCAUUUCCCAUGAUAAACUGUUGCUUGGGGCAGCAAGGGAAGCAGUGAGAGCACAUUGGGAACUGAAUUUACUUAAGAGGAAUACCUUGGAUAACUUAAGAUGGAAAGACGUGUGUGGAAAAAAUGGUAUAUUAGCAAAAGCAUUCAAGGAACGUGUGGAGACAGAGCGUGUGAGGAGACAAUUUCUCUGCAACUCUUCCCCAACUUUGAAGAUGGAGAGUGAUUUUGAUGCCACAAGCGAGAGGGAAUGCAGUAUCUGCCUUUUUGAUUUGCAUCUGUCUGCAGCAGGGUGUCAUUGCUCUCCAGAUAAGUUUGCAUGCUUGACUCAUGCAAAGCAGUUGUGCUCAUGUGCUUGGGGUGCCAAAUUUUUCCUGUUUCGCUAUGAUAUCAGUGAAUUAAAUAUCCUCCUGGAGGCAUUGGAAGGAAAAUUGAGUGCAGUAUACCGAUGGGCAAGACUAGAUCUUGGACUCGCCCUGACGAGUUUCAUUUCCAAAGACAACACGCAAGAUGUUAAAUUUUCUUAUUCUCCAAUAAGAGCAGCAACUGAACCGGUGAGAUCACACACACCAGCAGAUCCUUGUAGAGAUUUACCAGGGAGAGCAAUUUCUAGUGAUAUUAGAAUGAAUUCAUCCGGAAUCUGUAGUCAGAUAGCCUUGGAAGAAGAGAAGAAACCACCUGAAGGCACUCCUUCAAAAGAUGUGAGGGCAUCAUCUGUAUCUCAUAGUUCUUUUCAAGUAAUUGAGAGGGACAAUGACAAUUUGAAGCUAAACCAAAAAGGUUCUAGUCUUUUGUCUACCAAUUUAAGAACACUAGUUUGCCUGUUGUCUCAAGAAGACACAUCUUAUGCUGCAGGCCUGGCUUCAGAGAAAUGUGAAGGGAAGAAGCCUUCAACUUUGGAUAAUGACAAUGUUAUUCUUCUUAGUGAUGAUGAAGGUGAUGAACAGGAGCCAAUUUUAGAAAGGGCAAAAGAAAAUGUUUCCGGGAAGCUAUCAAUUUUGCAUUAUAGUUCAUGUAAUGACAAUAAAGAUUCAAUCUUAACUGUUCCUGUGGUUGAUGGAGCAGUUAAGAGUGAAAAGAAUGUCAGUUCAUUACCUGAUGAACAAAAAAACAAUUCAUCAUCUGGUCCUGUGGUGCAAGUGAAGGAUGGCUAUCAUCAAGAUGGUGGAAAGGUCUUGGAAUUUAAUCAAAAGAAUGUUUCUUGCCACACUGGUCCUAGCACUGCAGGAUUUGGUAGGAAUGUUCAGAAUUCUUCAACUAAUAGAGAUACCAGUAAGGAUAAUGGGAUGGCAGAUGUUGGGAGUCAGCAUCCACAGCCAUGUGGCUUUGGAAAGCUUAACAAUGCGGACAAGAUGGGAGGAAAUGCCACCUCAACUUCAUUGGACAACUCAAGAAUUAUGGCAGGUAGCCCAUCUUCCUCGCAAAAUAACUUGGACAGACACUACCGCCAGAAGGGUCCCCGCAUUGCAAAGGUAGUGCGAAGGAUCAAUUGCAAUGUUGAACCUCUGGAAUUUGGGGUUGUGCUUUCUGGAAAGUCAUGGUGCAACAGCCAAGCAAUUUUUCCCAAAGGAUUUAGAAGUCGAGUUAGGUACAUAAGUGUUCUAGAUCCAGCAAAUAUGUGUUACUAUGUCUCCGAAAUACUGGAUGCAGGGCGAAAUGGUCCUCUAUUUAUGGUUUCCUUGGAGCAUUGCCCAAAUGAGGUAUUUUUUCAUGUUUCAGCAGCCAGAUGCUGGGAAAUGGUGAGAGAGAGAGUGAAUCAGGAGAUCACAAAGCAGCAUAAAUCUGGAAGAAUGAAUCUUCCUCCCUUACAACCUCCUGGAAGUCUUGAUGGCUUUGAAAUGUUUGGGUUUUCUUCACCAGCAAUUGUGCAGGCCAUAGAAGCAUUAGACAGGAAUCGAGUUUGUACAGAUUACUGGGACUCCAGGCCAUAUUCACGGCCACAAGGACAGAUUCCGCAACAUUCUAAAUCCAUUGUCAAUGCAGGGCAGUCCCAGGGAACACAUGAGGACCAGAAUAUUAGUAAAGCCCCCGGGAGCCAGUUAUUACCAGUUGAAGCUCAUACGAUACUUAGAGGUCUAUUCAAGAAGGCAAGCCCAGAAGAAUUGAUCGCACUGAGUGGUAUUUUAAGUGGCAAUAUGCCAACAGCUAAUCCUGGUCUAAUAGCACAGCUUCUUAAUGAAGAGAUUUGCCAUCGUCCUAGAUGAUUCAUUAAUUUGGUCUCAUGAGGAUUGAGACUGAAUUCCAUCGCAAUUUUUUGACACUGUAAAUUCCGAGUUCUUGGCUCCUAUGUUUCCCAUACGUCUUCAUUCAAGUCGUCCAUUCUUUUAGGAAGAGGAAAAGAAAUGAACUAACAGAAAAAAGGAAAUAUAUCCUGCAUAAUUCUUCUUUGUAGGGUUAUUUGUAGAAGAGAAUCUGGGAAUUUGCUAGUGGACACUCCCAUGUUAUAUGGCGUCCACAAGUGGGGGAAGCUUUCCAUCUCUAGAAUUCGUUUUCUUGGUUCCUAACACAGAUUCUUUUAGUGUACUGCUCGUGGAGCUUUUGACAAGUAUAAAUCAAUCAUUCUUGCUGUCUGAAAA